UUGAGGAGGAAGAAACGCAAUUACGCAAGCUAAACUGAUUCCUGCGGUCCUCUAUUUUGGCCCUGGUAUUUCUGAAAUUUCGACUCUGUCUCUCUCUCUUUUUCUCUGUAUAUUUGUACCAUAUUCGCGAGGAGAGAGAGACAACUUCAAACAGAAGAAGAAGAUGGUGUUUUACUUCAAGGCUCGACCCGAAGCUGGGGAUUUCACUAUUUUCAUGGGUCUUGAUAAAUACGAAAAUGAAGAACUCAUCAAAUACGGCUUUCCUGAAGACAUUUGGUUCCAUGUGGACAAAAUGUCUUCGGCCCAUGUCUAUGUAAGAUUGCAUAAAGGUCAAUCUUUGGAUGACAUAUCUGAAGCUUUGUUGGAGGAUUGUGCACAGUUAGUGAAAGCAAAUUCCAUCCAAGGCAAUAAAGUGAAUAACAUUGAUGUUGUGUACACUCCUUGGGCCAAUUUGAAGAAAACUGCUUCCAUGGAUGUUGGUCAAGUUGGUUUCCACAAUUCAAAAAUGGUCCGCACUGUUCGAGUAGAAAAGAGAAUAAACGAGAUUGUUAAUAGGCUGAAUCGGACAAAGGUGGAAAGGACACCAGAUUUUAAAGCUGAGCGUGAAGCAUAUAGUGCUGCCGAAAAGGCAGAAAGAAAAGCUCAUCUGAGGGAAAAGAAACGUCGAGAGGAAAUGGAUAGGCUUGAGAAAGAGAGGCAAGCAGAAACGCGCAGCUACAAGAAUUUGAUGGUAUCUGACAAGAUGACAUCUAACAAACAGAUAGCUUCAGCUGAGAAAUCCCUGCAAGAGCUAGAAGAGGAUUUCAUGUGAAGUGAAUCCGAUUUCUUUUUUCUUCUAUGAGAAUGUGAUUUCCAUCUAAUUGCAAGCUUGUACACAAUUGUCACGGGCGUGCUGUUACUUGAUGAUGUGGGUUGGUUUAAUCACAACCACCAUUAUCUAAUCUGUCCGUUGAAGACUCCGAAUCAUGUAACUCUAUGAUGAUGAUCAAGAAAAGGGCUGCGUUGUAUAGGGUGGAUAGAGAGAUCAAUGUGGUAAUUGUACGUUGAGAGUCUCACCCUUUGUUCAUGACAGCAAAAAUCUGGUGUGAAAAGAUUAUGAUUUUUGUUUGCGGAUUAUAUGAAAUUGCUUUAUUAAGCA